GGUCAGACGACUUGUCUGCAAAGCUGUGGGAUGUAAGCACAGGGCAGUGUGUUUACGGCAUCCAGACCCACACUUGUGCAGCUGUGAAGUUCGAUGAACAGAAGCUUGUGACAGGCUCCUUUGACAACACCGUGGCCUGCUGGGAAUGGAGUUCUGGAGCCAGGACACAGCAUUUCCGGGGGCACACGGGGGCGGUGUUCAGUGUGGACUACAGUGAUGAACUGGAUAUUUUGGUGAGUGGCUCUGCGGACUUCGCUGUGAAAGUAUGGGCUUUAUCUGCUGGGACAUGCCUGAACACACUCACUGGGCAUACUGAAUGGGUCACCAAGGUGGUUUUGCAGAAGUGCAAAGUCAAGUCUCUCUUGCACAGCCCUGGAGACUACAUCCUCUUAAGUGCCGAUAAAUAUGAGAUCAAGAUUUGGCCAAUUGGGAGAGAAAUCAACUGUAAGUGUUUAAAGACCUUGUCCGUUUCUGAGGAUAGAAGUAUCUGCCUGCAGCCAAGACUUCAUUUUGAUGGAAAAUACAUUGUCUGUAGUUCAGCGCUUGGUCUGUACCAGUGGGACUUUGCCAGUUAUGAUAUUCUCAGGAGUACAAGUGUCUACAGCAAAGUUGUCUUCUGCUUCAUGAUCCGGAACUCUCUUCCUUGUAGGGUCAUCAAGACACCUGAGGUAGCAAACUUGGCUUUGCUUGGCUUUGGAGAUGUCUUUGCCCUGCUGUUUGACAACCACUACCUGUACAUCAUGGACUUGAGGACAGAGAGCGUGAUUAGCCGCUGGCCUCUGCCAGAGUACAGGAAAUCAAAGAGAGGCUCCAGCUUCCUGGCGGGCGAAGCGUCCUGGCUAAAUGGACUGGAUGGGCACAAUGACACAGGCUUAGUCUUUGCCACCAGCAUGCCUGACCACAGUAUUCACCUGGUCUUGUGGAAGGAGCACGGCUGACACCGACAGCUACCACCGCUGACUUUGGGUGCCAGGACUGAGGGUUUUGGGUGCAACGUCUGUGGCAGCCAACUGCAUGAACCAAAGUUCUCACCUAAAGGUAUCAUCACGCAGUGCACAAUCAUUUAUCUGUUUGCCAGGGGUCAGGGCUGGGGCGGGAGGGCUUGUUUUACUGACAUACACCGCAGCAUGCUACUGAGGUACACCAGUGACUUACUUUAUUUGUACUUAGUUACGUUGGUCAGUAUGAGGUUGCAUUUUUGGAUUUAUCUUUCUGAGUGGAAUAUUGAGUAAAAAGAAAGUUAAAUGAUUCAUUAAUCUGCUAAGUGGUUGCGUAUAAAAUAACAUGGAGUCUGUUAUUAAAGCUUUUUCCCAUAGUCUUUGUUUGAAUUUGAAGCAAAAGGUGCUGUGAUGUUAUAGCAACUUUCUCACGAGGCUUGGAUUUUACAAGAGCCAUUGUUAAAAGA